UGUAACACGAGAAUAUUCCAUUUUUAUCUGUGUUUUUAUAAUUUUUUAUUUUACAGACGCUAGAUUUUAACAAUCUAAGGAACGAAAGAAUUGAAAUUUCUAAUUACUUUUCUAUGAAAUUAUGUAAGUGUUACGAAAUAAUGGAAAAUUUUUUGGCAAGAAUUGAAGCCCGAAAAGAAUGUAGAAGAAAAAGAAACAUUAUAAACGCAUAUACAGAAAUAUGUUUGAAAUGCGUUUUAUCUUCAUUUACGUCUAUAGCAAAAGUUUACGGAUAUACUUUUUUCGUUCCUUGUUUCUGCCACAACAGUAAUGAUGUUAACGUUCACUCAAUUGUAACAACAUUUUAUUCAUUCUUCAUCGAAUGUUUCUACUGGAUACAUUUUCUUAUGGUGUUUUCCAUGAUAAUACCGGUUUUGUCAGAGAUGAUUCCAUGUAAACUGUGGCACUUACUAGUCGAGGUCGACGUCAUAUUCGUCAAAAUGCUUAUUGUUAAUUUAGCUUUAACUUACGCACUCACUUUUAGUAUUAUAAAGAGAGUAAAAUUAACCACAAAUAUUAAAUUGAUGAAGUCAGAAUAUUUCGGUCGAAAAAAAUUGCACAACGUGAUUAAUUACACUAGAAUUUUCGUUAUUUUUCUACUUGUGACUUUUACUAUCUGCGGUAUAGCAUUGAACAUUUUUUAUCUUUAUCCUGCUAUAGAAAAAGAAAAGACUUACGAGCACGAAGCACUUUUUUGCAGCGUAGAAAUUGGUAUUUACCUUAAUUUAAUUGCAGAAGCUAUCGGAAGAUCUGCAACUACUAAAAAUGUAUCAUCCGAAUUUGGAAACGGAAUUAGAACGGAAACCAGUUUACUUAAUUAUAUUUUGACUUUUUCGAAAAUGGAAUUUGCAUUAACACUUUACGUGUGCAUAACUUAUGCUGCAAUAUUAUUUACAUGUGUUUUAGUAGGAUUUUUAGCAUCCGCUUUCACAUCUACUAUGCAAACAUCGUUUCAAGACAUUCGAAGAUUCGCUCAAUGCGAUCUGAAAUUGGAACAGAAAUUAAAAAUUGUGAAUUUUAUGAAAAGAUUUGGAAAGGCGUCUUUAUGUUUAUCUAUCAACGGUUUCUUCGACGUUACCAAGAAGUUUCCUAUUAAGAUGUGUAGCGCUCUGCAUUCCGUGUAUUCGGGUCUCUUAAAUUUGAGGACCGUUUCCAAGAAGAAAAACUGCUCUUACUGAGAUUUGAACUCAAGAAGCUAUCCUUUUGAAUAUAAUUUCCUCUUAUAACAUUUUAAUUAAUUCAUUUAUAUGUGAUAAAUUAGAUAAACUAUUAUCGUUUCUUGUCUCAUUAUUGUCUAUUGUUAUAAUUUACAUUGUUAAAAUUAGAAUGAA